UCUGGCUGCCCUGACCCCUCACGCAUCAAGGCGGAGCUGACAUCUUCAGCCCCAGCCUGCUACGCUCUGGCCAUCAGCCCUGACUCCAAGGUCUGCUUCUCGUGCUGCAGCGAUGGCAACAUUGCCGUCUGGGACCUGCACAACCAGACAAUGGUGAGGCAAUUCCAGGGCCACGCAGACGGGGCCAGCUGUAUUGACAUUUCGAACGAUGGCACCAAGCUUUGGACUGGUGGCCUGGACAACACGGUUAGGUCCUGGGACCUUCGAGAAGGGCGGCAGCUGCAGCAGCACGACUUCACCUCACAGAUCUUCUCCCUUGGAUACUGUCCCACUGGGGAGUGGCUGGCUGUGGGCAUGGAGAGCAGUAACGUGGAAGUCCUCCACGUAAACAAGCCCUACAAGUACCAGCUGCAUCUCCACGAGAGCUGUGUGCUGUCUCUAAAAUUUGCUUAUUGUGGUAAAUGGUUUGUGAGUACUGGAAAAGAUAACCUCCUCAAUGCUUGGUGGACCCCCUAUGGAGCUAGUAUAUUCCAGUCCAAAGAGUCCUCAUCCGUGCUUAGCUGUGACAUCUCUGUGGAUGAUAAGUACACAGUCACUGGCUCAGGGGACAAGAAGGCUACAGUCUAUGAAGUCAUCUACUGAAAACAUGUCAUUUAACAUUUAUAGUUG